UUUUACCAGUAUUUUCCUUUAUUUACAGAACAACAUUUUACAGUUUUUUUACAGCGGUUUUGCUGACGUCACAUUCAGCAAUUAUGCGAGACGGGUGUGUUACUGUGACGUCGAUUCAACGCCUGCAUCCGAUUGGCCACAUGGGGCCCAGCCACCAACAUCCGGUGGCCUCCAGCAUGAGCAUAUAUAUUAGGAAGAGAUGCAAGGAGCCUUUCUGAGACCACUGCUGGUGCCAGGGCCUGACGCCGAGAGAAGUGAACCAUGUUGGGGGCAUUUGCGAUCCUCUUGUUUGUGAGUUCAGCAGCCGCGGCGGACACGGCGUGCACGGGCCAGGGCGGCGAGUGUCUGGACUGGCGCUACACCGUGUGCCUUGCAGGGGUAGCCACGAACCUCUGCAGCGGGGACUCCAACCGCCGCUGCUGUCUCCAGUGCAACUCGGCCUGUUUAUCGAAUGAGCAAUCAUGGUCGGCCAAUGAUGGACAGUGCACCGACAUGGGUGGAAAGUGUCAGGUCAACUCCAACUACUGCGGAGGCAGCUACUCCUCGGGGUUGUGUGGGGGGCCCAGCAACCGGCAGUGCUGCAUCGAAUCUCAGUCAGGAGGGAGUGGAACCGGUUGCUAUGGUGACCUGAUGAACAUUGACACAACGGGAGCUUCGAUUAAGACUGCCAAACAAGACAAGCUGAGCGAGAGGGAGUUUGACACGCGAGAGGAACUGCUGUCACUGGAAGCCAUGCAUGGCACUACAAGAGGAGUGGCCGCAUCAAAGAAGCUGGUGAACGCCGACCUGAUGCGCCUCAAGAACUACAAGACCAUCAUCGUGGCCACCGCCAAUGCCAAGUGCAUGGACCCGGCUGUCAUCGCGGCCAUCAUCUCUCGCGAGUCGCGUGCCGGCGCUCUGCUCGUUAAAGGCUUUGGCGAUAACGGAAAUGGCUUCGGACUCAUGCAGGUGGACAAGCGCUUCCACAACAUAGUGGGCACGUGGGACAGCGAAGACCACUUGAAGCAGGGCACGGGCAUCCUCAUCGACAUGAUCAGUGCCAUCAAGAAGAAGUUCCCUAACUGGACCCAGGACCAGCAGAUGAAAGGAGGCAUCUCGGCAUAUAACGCUGGCACGCGGAACGUGGGGUCGUAUGCCAACAUGGACAUCGGCACGACGGGCGACGACUACGCCAACGACGUGGUCGCCAGGGCCCAGAUGCUCCGUGACAACGGCCACUUCUAGACGGGGGGGGGGGGGGGGGGAGAAAGUCUCAGAGGCACAAACACAGAGAUGAGCAGAGACAGCCGAACAAAGACUGAUUCCUCUGUAUAGCCUUUGUAUGUAUGUUGAACUUAUUUCGCACCAUACAUAGCCAACCGUGAUAAUCGGAGGUGUGGGGGGAAGAACAAGUAACUAAACACAAAAAGCGGUGCUAAAUCAUUUAGUUUAAAUCUAGAUUUAGCAGACUGGUUGGGCAAGUACUGUGAGCGAGUAGCAUUUAUCAUCCAUAAUAGCGUUUUUUUGGGGUUAAAUCGCGUAAAUUAAAAAAAACGUCGUACUCGGAUUGUAAAUGUUAUGGCUUGGCUCUCCAACACACCGGUGUGU